AUGCCGCGCCUGCAUUUCACAGCGUUGCAGUCCGCAAACACUGUUCGAACCUUCUCCACUUCCAAACCACUUGCAGCAAAAACUAAGUCUAAGUCUAAGUCUAAAAACAAACAUAUUAAGGUAAGGGUCAAGCAUGGUUUCGAAUACCAAGAAAAGUCAGAAUACGUUGCUCGGUUCGGUCCCCAAAGAGCCACUCUGCCACCGAACCUUGAGGAAGUGCGACAGAAAUAUGGGUUGACCGAUGAAAAGUACGACAUGUACUGGAAAGUGGUUGCAGACACAAAGCUCAAGUCUGGCAGUGGUAAAAAUUACAGAUUUCUCAACAAGAAAGCCCAUAGUAGGCUACUAUCCGCGCUUCAGGGAUCAGAGGAAGUGAGCCACAGACUACUGAUGAGUGAUGCUCAAUCGAUUGCCGAUCGAACACGACAAAAUUUAGCAGAACACAGUGAGGAUGCGAUGCUGCGACGCCAGACACAAGAAAUGAAUGAGCUCAAAGCCUUCUUAGAGGAGAUCAUGAUACCGUCCAAGAUCCAGAGGGCGUUGAAGAAGACUGAGGAUAAGAUUUAUGAGUUGCAAGAUCGCGUAACACAGCGCAAACAAAAGCUGGCCGAACAACGGAUUACAAAAAAGUGGGGCGGAGUAACCAUAGAUAGUGUCAAACAGGUGCAAGAGGUUGAUGAGAUCAACCAACUACUUGAUACCUAUAAGCAACAAGUCGACAAAAUUCGCGAACAGGUUCAGAGGCUGGAAGAAAUCAGGACACGAAAGGAAGAACUGUUGGCGAGGAAGCGUUUGCUACUGAAGCAGCUUGAGGAGCAAGAGAACCAAGAGAGGGAGGCCAAGAGGAUUCCUAAACCCGUGGACACCAAUGAUCAGAAGAAUCAGCCGGCCCCGAAGAGUUUGGACUCUAUACUCAACCAAGCAGUCCAGAGGGUUGGCAAGGGCUGGGGGGAGCCACAGCUACAAAGUACAGGUCCUGAUUCCGAGAUCAUACGAGCAACAGCACAGGCAAAUGAGCGUACCGCUUUAAAAAUACGGAAGCCUGGAAUAGGUUCGAUAUCUGUAUUGACUCGAUCAAAGCCCGAAGACCAAGACCAAGACACAAAGGGCAAGGACAUGAAUCCGGCCACUUUCACUGCAUCCAGGCCGAGUGAUAGCUUGCGUUUGCAGGUUCCCACUUCCGGAUUUAUUCCUAUUGACGAGAAUCUCAUUGUCACGUUUGAGGGAUCGGUCCCAGAACUCCAAUCCUAUGUGUUCGAAAUGGCUCAGCGCCUCAAAAGCUCAUAUCCGCGUCUCGACACGCUGCCAUAUGAUGUGUGGACCAGCCAGAACAUAGCGACGUUGCAGACGUGGCUUAAGAUUAUGGUAAAGAAAUGGCAAACGCGAUUCGACAGCAUUGGCCAAGUGGAGAAAGACAUUAUGGAUGGGCGAGUUCAAGCUGUGCUUGAUCGAAUGGUUCGCGACCACGAUCUCAGCAACCAAGCUGCGGAACGGAUGGCAGUGCGGUGGCACCAAGCCUUUGAGAAUAGAGGCACAAUGCAUGGAGAUGCAGAGGGAUUGAUGAACUGGGAUGAGUUUCAAGCUGAAGGCCUGGGAUUCUUGACCAACGAGACGGAGUCUGAGGUGCCAUCACAACAGGGACAAGCAGAAGCCAGGCCGAUACCAGCAACGCUCUCAAGCACGGACAAGAGACCAACUCUACACGGAGAUUUGGGUAGCCAGGUUUCUCAUGACUCCUCUGCACGCAGGAUGUACUCGACCUCUUCGCGAUCCACACCACCAGCUCGCGACCUCGCAUCGCAGCAAAAAGAGAAGGAAAAGGAUGACGUGGAAGAAUCACCAGCACCAUACCUACCACACCUUACCCUGUCGGGCUCCGCACACAUGGUAUCUGUAUCGGCAAAACAACACACCAUCCGCACCGCCAUCGCCAUCGGCUCAGUCCACUUCACAAACCCGACUCCCCUCUCCCUCAUCCGCUCCAACACCGCCAAAAAAGGCGAUGUCCUCGGCGUAUCCCGUAUAGCAGGCAUCAUGGCCGCCAAAAAAUGCCCAGAUCUAAUUCCCCUAUGCCAUCCCAUCCCACUCACACACGUCGGCGUCGAACUUGCACCUUUCUCCGACGGACACGGAGGCGUAAAGAUUGAAGCCAAAGUCCAGUGCACGGGGCAGACAGGCGUGGAGAUGGAGGCUCUGACGGCGGUUAUGGGCGCGGCGCUGAGUGUGGUUGAUAUGUGUAAGGCGGUGGAUAGGUUUCAGAGGGUUGAUGGGGUGAGGGUGGUGUUCAAGGAGGGGGGAAAGAGUGGGGUGUGGAGGGAGGAGGGGUGGGUGAGUUGGCAGGGGUAG